AAGAGCGGGGCAGAACGAGACCCACGCAGAGAGCCCAGUUCCGUGUGGACACUCCCCUCCCUCUGCACAAGCACCCCAGAAAGACUCUCCCGAGGGUCCUCCUAGGGAGGAGGCCAGAAAGGGGCAGUGGCCCCCGGUUGCCAGCGCGCGGCGCGUCCGGGUGACAGUCUCCACUGCAGUGGCAGAAGAGACCUCCGUGGGAACUAGGGGCCGAGAGGCGUCGAGCGGCGGAACGGUCCGUCCCAGAGCCCCGAGGUGCGUGCCGGAUCCCCUGCGCGUCUAGCCAGGAGUCUGCGCCCUAGAGCGUCCCCAGCACCAGGGGCUGGUGCCCAGCGUGCUAACCAUGCGUCUGCGGCCACGGCGGAGCUCCGAGCGGCUUUAGCGCCCCCUGCGAAGCACCCCGCGAUGCCCCAGCCACUGUGAAUCUUGCCGUCCGCCCAGAUACACUCAGCCCGGGACACCAGCCUUGGACAGCCUGGACUCUGCGCGCGCAGUGACGGACAGAAGCGUCCAGAGGGCAGAAAGUGCAGGGAGGCCUCCCCGGCAGGGGAAGCCGGCGGGUGAGGCGCGGGGACACGCACCCUAGCUGGCACUGGCGACUAGGGAUGUCGAGCUGGACUAGGUGUCAUGGACCCGCCAUGGCGCGGCUUUGGGGCUUCUGCUGGCUGGUGGUGGGCUUCUGGAGGUCCACUCUCGCCUGUCCUCAGUCCUGCAAAUGCAGUGCCUCUCGGAUUUGGUGCAGCGACCCUUCUCCUGGCAUCGUGGCAUUUCCGAGGUUGGAGCCUAACAGUGCAGACCCUGAGAACAUCACGGAAAUUUUCAUUGCAAAUCAGAAGAGGCUAGAAAUCAUCAAUGAAGAUGACGUGGAAGCCUUCGUGGGACUGAGGAACCUGACAAUUGUGGAUUCUGGAUUAAAAUUUGUGGCUUAUAAAGCGUUUCUGAGAAACAGCAACCUGCAGCACAUCAAUUUCACCAGAAAUAAACUGACGAGUUUGUCUAGGAAACAUUUUCGUCACCUUGACUUAUCUGAGCUGAUCCUGGUGGGCAAUCCAUUCACAUGCUCCUGUGACAUUAUGUGGAUCAAGACGCUCCAAGAGACUAAAUCCAGUCCAGAAACUCAGGAUUUGUACUGCCUAAAUGAAAGCAGCAAGAACAUUCCCCUGGCAAACCUGCAGAUACCCAAUUGUGGGUUGCCAUCUGCAAGUCUGGCUGCACCCAAUCUCACUGUGGAAGAAGGAAAGUCUAUCACCUUGUCUUGUAGUGUGGCAGGUGACCCACUUCCUAAUAUGUACUGGGAUGUCGGGAAUCUGGUUUCCAAGCACAUGAAUGAAACAAGCCAGACUCAGGGAUCCUUGAGGAUAACUAACAUUUCGGCCGAUGACAGUGGAAAGCAAAUCUCUUGUGUGGCAGAAAACCUUGUGGGAGAAGAUCAGGAUUCUGUCAACCUCACUGUGCACUUUGCACCAACUAUCACAUUUCUCGAAUCUCCAACCUCAGACCACCACUGGUGCAUCCCAUUCACUGUGAAAGGCAACCCCAAACCAGCGCUUCAGUGGUUCUAUAAUGGGGCGAUACUGAACGAGUCCAAAUACAUCUGUACUAAAAUUCAUGUAACCAAUCACACGGAGUACCAUGGCUGCCUCCAGCUGGAUAAUCCAACCCACAUGAACAAUGGGGACUACACGCUGAUCGCCCAGAACGAGUAUGGCAAGGACGAGAGACAAGUCUCUGCUCACUUCAUGGGAUGGCCUGGGGACAUCGACGGUGACAACCCAGAUUAUCUAGGUGGACUUUAUGAAGACUGGACUACAACAAGUGACACCACGAACAGAAGCAGUGAAACCCCUUCCACAGUUGCUGACAAAACUGGCCGGGAACAUCUCUCGGUCUAUGCUGUGGUGGUGAUAGCGUCUGUGGUGGGAUUCUGUCUGCUGGUGAUGCUGUUCCUGCUUAAGUUGGCAAGACACUCCAAGUUUGGCAUGAAAGAUUUCUCAUGGUUUGGAUUUGGGAAAGUAAAAUCAAGACAAGGUGUUGGCCCAGCUUCAGUUAUCAGCAAUGAUGAUGACUCCGCCAGCCCACUGCACCACAUCUCCAAUGGGAGUAACACUCCGUCUUCUUCAGAGGGUGGCCCGGAUGCUGUCAUUAUUGGAAUGACCAAAAUCCCUGUCAUUGAAAAUCCCCAGUACUUUGGCAUUACCAACAGUCAGCUCAAGCCAGACACGUUUGUUCAGCACAUCAAGCGACAUAACAUUGUUCUGAAAAGGGAGCUAGGCGAAGGAGCCUUUGGAAAAGUUUUCCUAGCUGAAUGCUAUAACCUCUGUCCCGAGCAGGAUAAGAUCUUGGUGGCAGUGAAGACACUGAAGGAUGCCAGUGACAAUGCACGCAAGGACUUCCACCGCGAGGCUGAGCUGCUGACCAACCUCCAGCACGAGCACAUCGUCAAGUUCUAUGGUGUCUGCGUGGAGGGUGACCCACUCAUCAUGGUCUUUGAGUACAUGAAGCAUGGGGACCUGAACAAGUUCCUUAGGGCACAUGGGCCUGAUGCAGUGCUGAUGGCUGAGGGCAACCCACCCACAGAGCUGACACAGUCACAGAUGCUGCACAUCGCCCAGCAGAUUGCCGCAGGCAUGGUCUACCUGGCAUCCCAGCACUUCGUGCACCGCGACCUGGCCACCCGCAACUGCCUGGUUGGGGAGAACCUGCUGGUGAAGAUCGGGGACUUUGGGAUGUCCCGGGACGUGUACAGCACUGAUUACUACAGGGUCGGUGGCCACACGAUGCUGCCCAUCCGCUGGAUGCCUCCAGAGAGCAUCAUGUAUAGGAAGUUCACCACUGAGAGUGACGUCUGGAGCCUGGGGGUGGUGUUGUGGGAGAUCUUCACCUACGGCAAACAACCUUGGUACCAACUGUCAAACAAUGAGGUGAUCGAGUGCAUCACACAGGGCCGAGUCCUUCAGCGACCUCGCACGUGCCCCCAGGAGGUGUAUGAGCUGAUGCUGGGGUGCUGGCAGCGAGAGCCCCACAUGAGGAAGAGCAUCAAGGGCAUCCACACCCUCCUGCAGAACUUGGCCAAGGCAUCUCCAGUCUACCUGGACAUUCUAGGCUAGGGCCCUCUCCCCAGACCGCUCCUUCCCAACACACGCCUCAGAUGGGCGAGAGGAUGAACAUCUUUUACUGCCGCUGGAUGCCAUGAGGCUCCUGUGUUAACGGGUAGCUCUGACAGUAUUAACGAGACCCUGCAAUGCUCUCAGACGGAAGCGAUGUGGACUUCUCCAUCCACAGACGCAGUAUUGACUCCUUUUCGGCAUCUCUUUCUCUCUUUCCAUCUCCCUUGGUUUGUUUUGUUCUUUUUCUUUCAUACU